AUGGGUGCAAAGUAUGGCCUUCAGCGCAUUGAAGCGACUCCGGCAACAGUGCCCUUAAGAAAGCACAUGUCCAGCGAGACCCACCACUCCUUGUGCAGCUACCUGGUCAGCCCGAUUGCUACCGGAUCCAGAGGUCCUAGGCGUGCUUCAGUUGUAUCAAGGCGCAGCCCGGAAAACGAGUUAAAACAGAGGCUGCACCUCCGGCAUCUCCCAGGCCAAGAGAGAGGGGCUGACCUGACGGACGACCUGGCGCUGGUCACCUCUCACUUUCCCCAGAAGAUUCUCAUCAGAGACCCACUUCCCCACACUUCCACCACGACCUCGCCCCAUCUCGCACCAGGUUCCAGGGACGUUUCACGGCUUUUUCAGCCCAUAUCCGCCCUUUCUCAAAACAAAGGCACGUCAGACCUCAGGAGAUGCCUGCGUUGGGAAGGCUGGGACAGCAAGCGCAGGUGGUUAAAGUGCACCAAAGAGGAUUUCUUGACUGUGAGCUGA